AUGGCCAAGGCAAUUUUACCAGUAGGGAAUAAGAUGGACGAAUAUACAGUCAUGGUGGUGGGCAUGAGCAGCGCUGGUACAGUUGUAGUAGAAGCAUAUAAUUCGACUACAAAGGCAUGGAAAGUUGCAGGCAACAUUCCUGUUGUGGUUAUAAGAAACGAAAAUUUGUUCUUCUUCAAGGAUUCUUUGUUCGGUGUGACUGGCAGUGGGGGCAUAAUGGCCUACAAUAUUGAACAGGGGAUCACCAGAGUUAUGGCUAUGCCCACAGCAGAUGCCAACACUUUGUGGGCUCGGCUUGUUUGUUGUAAGAGUGGUGUGUUUGUAGUUGGGGUAAUCGAGGAUAAUCACUGUUUGAAAGGCAUAAUUAUGUGGGAGUUAGUUUUUCAGAAGACGGCAAAGGAGGAUUAUAGGUGGGAAGAGAUUGGGAAAAUGCCCAGCUCUGUGUGUGAGGAAUUUAGGAGGAGCUCCAAUUCAAAUUGGUUUGAGUGCGUUGGAGUAGGAGAUAAAAUCUGUUUCAGAGCUAAUGAGAGCAUGGAGAUACUUGUGUAUGAUGUGAGCAAAAGCUCUUGGAAUUGGCUGCCCAAGUUUCCUGCAGAUUUGAGAUAUGUGAGCAUGAGAUGCCUUCCAUUGGAAAUUAUGCCAACUACUAAAUUCUCUUAA